AUGAUGAGCAUUUUUAAAAUUCCGGAGGGUUUAAUCGAUGAAAUUCACUCUUUGUUAGCUCGGUUUUGGUGGGGUUCGACGGAAUCGUCUAGGAAGAUGCAUUGGCAUAAUUUGGAUUCUUUAUGUUUGCCGAAAUAUCUAGGGGGUAUGGGUUUUAGAGACUUAAAGGUCUUUAAUCAGGCUCUAUUGGCGAAACAGAUUUGGAGACUCCACACAAGACCAAACACUCUUACACACGCUAUCCUUAAGGCAAAAUAUUUUAAGAACAGCUCGGUUCUUGAAGCAUAUCACGGAUAUGACCUUAGCUAUUCAUGGAGAUGUCUUUGGGGCUCGAAAUCACUCUUGCUUGAAGGGCUCAAAUGGCGUGUGGGGAAUGGGGUAAAUAUACAAGUAUGGAAGGAUGCUUGGCUCCCUGGUAAACCCCCUACCGCUAUACCUGUACAUGAUAUGAACUUUGAUCCGGAGUUGAGAGUCUUAGAGCUGAUCAAUGAGGAAUGCGGAGAGUGGAGAGGGGCUUUAUUGCAAUCCCUUUUUUCUGUGCAGGACCGUAACCUCAUUCUCCAAUUGCCUAUUUCUUAUGCGAUGCCGGAAGAUAAGCUACUUUGGUGGCCUUCGAAGAAUGGGGAAUAUACAGUGAAGUCGGGCUAUUGGCUCGGUAGAUUGGGUCAUGUUGAGGGGUUGCUAACACUUUAUCUGAGAAUAAAAGGCAGGCUUGGAAGAUAG